UAGAAAAAAAGGUUGGACAACGUGCCGCCGUCUCAAAAAGGUUCUCCGAUUUAUACGCAAUAAUAAUGAUCUCUUUUACUCUCUCUUCUGUUCUAUAUCAUUGUGGAACAUAGAAACUUCUGGUUUUAAGGCUUUUUUUUUUUAACUUUUUUGCUUAUAUAUAGAUAUAUUUAUAGCUGAAGACCGCCAAAUGAUACAUGCAUGAACAAAACUUGAGAGACAGAAGAAUCUUUUAUAGGCUGUGAGAGAGGGCAAGGAAGAAAGGAUUAAAAAAGAGAUGUUGGAAGGCAAAGCUAUGAUAAAAGAAACAGACAUGCCAGAGAAGAUGCAAAGGCAAGCCAUGGCUUCUGCUUCGCAUGCACUAGAUCUCUAUGAUGUUUCUGACUGCAUCUCAAUUGCUGCCUACAUCAAGAAGGAAUUUGACGAGAGAUAUGGGGGCGUAUGGCAAUGUGUGGUGGGUUCAAACUUUGGGUGCUUCUUCACUCAUACAAAAGGUACUUUCGUUUAUUUUGCUCUGGGGACCCUCAAUUUCCUUAUCUUCAAGGGAGCAUCUUCUUAAUAUUAUGAAGAUGAGAAGAGACUGACAGAAGAACAAAACGCAGCCAGGCCAGCCAUACCAAAAACAGCUUUAUUUGUUAGCAGUGACUGAUUCAGGGUACGAGCAGAAAUUAGGGUGUAAGAUGCCGGUGCCAAGAGUUCUGUUCAAAUGGCAGACUAGUAGUUAAAAUGUCCUUUUUAUUCUGAAUCUGUAGAGACGCACAGUACUCCAAAUUUGCCUGUUUGCAAGGAAGUAGGAUAAGGGAUUCUUGACUUCAGCUGCAUUUGAUAAAAAAGAAAUACUAUGGACUUGGAAUAAUGUAAUUAUUGCUACUACGAAAUCUGUUGUAUUUUUUUAAUAUGGUGGUUGUCCUUUUCAACGGGCAAGCUACUUCUCAUAGACUUGGCAGUUGGCAAACGCCAUUCCUUUUCAAUGGUUGCAGGUUUGCUGCCCUGCCCUUUGAAAUUUAAGCUUGACAGACGGAGGUGUAAUGGUUGACUGAGUAAAAAUGGGCAAGUUUUCUUUGUUUUUGUUUUGUUUUGGGCCAAAAUUGAGUUCC